AUGGCAGAGCGUCCACAGUAUUAUCAAAACACAUUGAAGCCCGUAGAGGUCACCGCGGUCUCACUUGCCGAGUCCCUGGAGGAAUUGCGUGUCGCAGUCCGCUAUGGAGCUGAAGCUAUUCGUGCGAAUGAGACUCCCCAAGACAAAUGGCCGAUCGGUGGCAUGUUCAAGGCUUUCCCUGGUGUGGCCCUUGCUUUCUUACGCCUUGAUUACCAGUCCUCAGUGCUGAAUGAGGAAAGUAGUCCACAGUUGGACUAUCGCCAGCUUGCGCUCGAGAGGAUUCCAUCGGAGUUCCCAGGCCUUCCAUUGCUGCCGUCUCGAUUGUCUCCUGCAGGAUCAUUCUCGCCUCUUACUGGUGUAACUCUGCGCGCUUUUUCAGAGUUGGCGAAGACUGACUGGGAAAGAGAAUCUAAGCCAAGCAUUUCUCAACAGGACAUUGCCUGUCUUUAUGAUGCUGCGAAUCUUGCUCUGAAGAACGGACCCCUUGUUCCUCAUGAUGGCCGCAAUAUGGGUGGUGAUGAGAUGCUGUAUGGUCGGGCAGGUCUUUUGUGGGUCCUACUGAACAUGCGUGCUCAUCAGUUCAAUGACGAAACCCAGAAAUCACUCGGUCCUGUCUUUGAGACAAUUCCCAGAUUAGUCGAUGUGAUUAUAGAUUCUGGACGUCAAGGCUCGAAGGCUUAUAUCGAAAAGAACGGGGCAGAGGGUGCGCACCCGUUGAUGUAUGCCUGGAUGGAGGAGCACUAUUGCUUUGGAGCUGUUCAUGGAAUUACUGGUAUCCUUUCUAUCAUCCUUGCAGCUAAGCCAGAGGAACUCACGCAGCACAUUGCCAUCAUUGGGGAGACCAUUACGGCACUAUGCAAACUCAGUCUUUCAAGUGACGGCCACCUCCCAAUGACCCUCCCACCAUUCAGCUACGGGCAGACCUCGGAGCUUGUGCAGCUCUGUCAUGGGAGCCCGGGUACUCUGAUUAUGCUAGCGGCAGCUUUGAAGAACCCAGCUUUGACUCGGGACUACUGGUGUCCCGAAUGGGACCAGACUGUCUACGAAGCCUCUCAGCGAAUCUGGGAGGAAGGCCUUCUCUCCAAAGGAGGCAGUCUUUGCCACGGAAUCUCUGGAAAUGGAUGGCCCUGGCUCACUCUGCACAACACCUUCGAAUAUCACUCCAAGGAACUUGAAGUUGCUAGAACCGCUUACUGGCAGCGUGCGCAGGCCUCGGCUCCUUUGGGCGGAGACCUGAGCCAGAAGCUCACGCCGGACUUCUUUUUGUCGAGGGCAUUGGCAUUUAUGCUGCACUCUCGUGAGACUCGACCUUAUAACAAAGCUUCUGAGACCUCUGACAAGGAUUAUCGCAUGCCUGACGAUCCAUACUCUUUGUUUGAGGGUUUGGCGGGUAAUGUCUGUGCGUGGGCUGAAACCUGCGCGGUUAUUCAAGCUCGGUUGCGCAAAAUGGAGCUCAGCGAGAAGGGAAUCGACUGUGAGUCUGAUCUGCUUUUCAAACAGGCAGUCAAAAGUGAGCUUGGAUUCCCGCUCAUUGGUGGCAGUGGGGCUGGUGGUCUUAUUUAG